GUUAGGGAUGCGUGACGUUGUGCGCUUAGUCUGCAUUUGCAUAAUUAACCCUGAUUAGUUUUUCUGUGUCUGUUCACUCGCUUUACUGUGUCUCUUUCAUAAGUAAUCGGCGGACGUUUCACAGCUCCUCUCAAUAUCGUUACUGGAUAAUUACGCAGAGCCUGUACUCUUCUGAUCCCUUGCUUGCUUUCUGGUGAUCAAAGUCGACUGACCAAAGACGCCGAACCGGACGAUCCUAUCUUCCGUGCUGGGUAUGUAUGACUUAAGCUGACCGUCUAAUGUCCUUAAGGCGACCUGUUUGCCUUAUAUGAGAUCUAUCGGUUGUACAAAUCCUUUCAACGUUGCAGUCUUCAUAUCUGCAUUUAAUUCAUAAUGCACAAUAAAGAAAAACCAUAAGCAGAUGCCUGCCUGAAGAUUGUACUUGAUAGAUACCCAACAAAAAGUGACAUUUCAGUCAAACUGUCUAUCUAAUGGACGUCUAUUUUAAACAAAAGAUAAAAAUUCAACCUUUGCAUUUAAGGUCAUUUAGAUUAGGAAAAGGUAAAGUGAUGCGAAAUGCAAUAUUCUCAGCUCCAGUAAUAAAAUAGAUACUAGAUAUUUCCAUGCGAGGUGACAACAUUGUUUUUGAGGUACUUAGAGUUGUAUUGUUUUCCGUCUUUUGUUUGUUUUGUUUUGUGUAAUUCGCGGGCCACUACCGACAGUUAGAUGCACAAGUGUUAUUUAUCGGUAUUACAUUGGUUGACAAGAUCGUGUUCUUGAACCAAUAUGUGGAGACAUUAACCGCAUGGGGCAUAGAGUCGGGGCUUUAGGUAGAGAUUUCACGUGUCGAGAGGGUAAGGAAAGCUGUCAUUUAGAAAUUACUAAAUUACUAAAAUUAUUAAUUAAUGAAUAACACGUUUAAUUUGUAAUGACAAGACGAUUUUUCCGUUUUAAAGGAUUUCCUCAAACGGGGCUUCCGUAUCCUCGUGCCAGGGGCCCGUUUCUCGAAACUCCAGGUAAUUUGUCGGGCCCGAAAUCAAGUAUUCACAGUGAAAUAAAAAGACUAAAAGCAUGGGUCCUGGCUAGCAAACUACUCCAUUUUAUUUCAUUAACUGAUAGGUUUAUCUUGUUAGAUGCCAAUCUAUUGAAACCUUUAUCUUGCAUGCAAACAACAACAGUUUUACGGGCCCUUUGAUUAUCGGGACUUUCGAGGCUCGCAGCCAGCAUGCAGUUUAAUACAACAGCUGCCAAGCAAGUGAAAGUGGUACAUUGUUCCCUUUUUCAAUGGAGGUUUACGAAAAUGGUACCUUUUCCGUCAAAAAUGGUAUAUAAGGUAAGGGGUUGGUCCUCGAGACAGAUCCUACCCGUGUGAAACGUUGUUGAAUUCCGCUCCCCGACUCCCCACCGGGCAGAGAGUGAACUUUUUCUCAACGGACACCUCCCAAAUCGGACACCCAGAGUUGUUCCAUGCCAUAGAACCUGGGAACGGGUUGGCUUCAAUCAUUUUUUAACACUCUAGGAUCAUUAUACGUUUCUGGGAAGUUGCCCACCUACCCCUCCCUUAAGCCAACAUUUUUCCCUAAGUGAGAAGUAAGAGGAGGGUUAGGCGGGCAGCUUCGCAGUCCCUGUAAGUGUGAACAUAGCCUAAGUGCCACUCCCAAAGGUUCUCAUAUUGAAGAGAGGUGAGUGUAUAACCAUUCGACAAUAAUUAUUUUUUCAGGGUAACUGACAGCUGUCAUUCAAUGUACAAUCCCGAUUUCUCACAGCCAUGGCACUUCAGUGAUGUGGUACUGUCAGUGGAUGGGACCAAAUUUCACGUUCACAAGAGCACCCUCUCAAUAUGGUCCCCAGUAUUCGAGAAAAUGUUCACAUCCGACUUUGCAGAGAAAGAUGCCAAGGAGAUAGAAUUACCUGGGAAAAAGGCCUCAGAGGUUGAAAUACUCCUUAGAAUCGUGUACACACAUGGGAAAGGUCAAAGAGUAACAGGUAGUGAAUCAUAGAAAUUUGUAAAUUUUCUCGCGUCUGAUUUUUCUUUCCUGACAACAGUCUUAAUGUUAUAUGUUCAAAUCUUGUCACCAGUUUACUCUGCGCUUUUCACCAGUCUUAGCAAUACAUCGAUGUUUCCCGCGCUUAGCUUGGCGUAGAUCCCGCGUUUAGCACUAGUUGAAUGCUUUCAUGUGAGUCUGUCAACACCGCUGCAAUUGAUGAUGGUUGCAUUCUUUCCCGCGUUUACACUAACGCCGUAAUACAGCAGUCUUAUUUUUUUAAAAUCACCGUUGCGAUGGCUACAUGAUAAAUCGCGUCUUUGGCGGCAAAAAAAUGUUACAGUUGUUGAAAGUGUAAUGGUUUGGUAUUUCAUGGGUUUUUAUAUGAUAUAUAGAAAAUUACAUGGUCGCUUGGAGGUACAAAAUUUCUUUUCUCUUGUUGAAAAAUAUUUCACUCGUUCGCGAUCACCCGAAGAGAAAUUUCGUAUCUCCAUGUAAUAUCCUCUAUUUAGAGGUCACAUGACACAAUAUGACUUUUCUUUUGGCAGCUGAAAAUUAUCGGUUUCUGCUGGAACUUUCCGAGGAAUACCAGAUGGAGAGAGUCAAAGAGUUAUGCUGCGAGUUUCUUUCUUGCAAUGUUCAAGAUACCAACUGUGUAAAAUUUUACAUGAUUGCAGAGAAAUUCUCUCUCCAGGCUAUAAUGAACGAAACACUCCAAGAAAGUAAACAUCUACCUUUAACCUCUUUAGAAAACGACGAAUGUUUUAAGGAACUUCCUGAUAAAACAAAGUUAGAUAUUCUCAAGACUAGAAUACGCGAACUGGAAAAGACCCUUGGGGAGUAUGUCAAUACGUGCUACAGUCUUGUUACCAAUGUGUAUAAGAGAGUAGCCGAGAAAGUACAGAGCAAUGAAUGUGAUAAUUAUGAAGUCCACCGUUGCGGUGCAAAUGAGCGUUUUAAACUGUCGUGUAAGUGCUGCAGACGAAGGGUUCAGAAUGCUGUUUGUGAGUUGGAAUAUUGGGAUUUUAGGACAUUGUUGAAGAAACUGUUUGAUUUGAACAACUGCAACAGAACAGCAAGGCAAUUUAAGAACUCGGGGACCUAA